GCCGGCGCCUUCGGAGACGCAGUUUCCCUUCUUCGCCAGCCAAGCAGGCGGUGGCGGAGACCCGCGCCCCCGGCUGCCCCCGCCUCGGCCCUCGGGCCUCGGAAGUGACGCAGCGCGCCCCGCCCCCGCCGCUAGAUCCGCUGCUGCUGCCGCGGCGGGCGGACCUGCAAGAGGCGGCGGCGGCGGCCGAGGCCGAGGGAAGAUGGCGGACGGUGUGGACCAUAUAGACAUUUACGCGGAUGUGGGCGAAGAGUUCAACCAGGAAGCUGAAUAUGGUGGGCAUGAUCAGAUAGAUUUGUAUGAUGAUGUCAUCUCUCCAUCUGCAAAUAAUGGAGAUGCCCCGGAAGAUCGGGACUACAUGGAUACUCUCCCGCCAACUGUUGGUGAUGAUGUGGGUAAAGGAGCAGCACCAAAUGUUGUCUAUACAUACACGGGAAAGAGAAUUGCGUUGUAUAUUGGGAAUCUAACAUGGUGGACAACAGAUGAAGACUUAACUGAAGCAGUUCAUUCUUUGGGAGUAAAUGAUAUUUUGGAGAUAAAGUUUUUUGAAAACCGGGCAAAUGGCCAGUCAAAGGGGUUUGCCCUUGUUGGUGUUGGAUCUGAAGCAUCCUCAAAAAAGUUAAUGGAUCUGUUGCCUAAGAGAGAGCUUCAUGGUCAGAAUCCUGUUGUAACUCCAUGCAAUAAACAGUUCCUGAGUCAAUUUGAAAUGCAGUCCAGGAAAACUACACAAUCAGGACAAAUGUCUGGGGAAGGUAAAGCUGGUCCUCCGGGAGGCAGUUCACGUGCAGCAUUUCCACAAGGUGGUAGAGGACGGGGCCGUUUUCCAGGGGCUGUUCCUGGUGGGGACAGAUUUCCUGGGCCAGCAGGACCAGGAGGGCCACCUCCACCUUUUCCAGGAAAUUUGAUCAAGCAUCUUGUUAAAGGAACUCGGCCUUUGUUCCUGGAAACUAGGAUUCCAUGGCAUAUGGGGCACAGCAUAGAGGAAUUACCCAUUUUUGGCCUAAAAGCUGGACAGACUCCACCACGUCCACCCUUAGGUCCUCCAGGCCCACCCGGCCCACCAGGUCCUCCACCUCCUGGUCAGGUUCUGCCUCCUCCUCUAGCUGGGCCUCCUAAUCGGGGAGAUCGCCCUCCACCACCAGUUCUUUUUCCUGGACAGCCUUUUGGGCAACCUCCAUUGGGUCCGCUUCCUCCUGGUCCUCCACCUCCAGUUCCAGGCUACGGCCCCCCUCCUGGUCCACCACCUCCACAACAGGGACCACCUCCACCUCCAGGCCCCUUUCCACCUCGCCCACCUGGCCCUCUUGGGCCACCCCUUACACUCGCUCCUCCUCCGCAUCUUCCUGGACCACCUCCAGGGGCCCCACCGCCAGCUCCACAUGUGAACCCAGCUUUCUUUCCUCCACCAACUAACAGCGGCAUGCCUACAUCAGAUAGCCGAGGCCCACCACCAACAGAUCCAUAUGGCCGGCCUCCGCCAUAUGAUAGGGGUGACUAUGGGCCUCCUGGGAGGGAAAUGGAUACUGCAAGAACGCCACUGAGUGAAGCUGAGUUUGAAGAAAUCAUGAAUAGAAAUAGGGCAAUCUCAAGCAGUGCUAUUUCAAGAGCGGUGUCUGAUGCCAGUGCUGGUGAUUAUGGGAGUGCUAUUGAGACAUUGGUAACUGCAAUUUCUUUAAUUAAACAAUCCAAAGUAUCUGCUGAUGAUCGUUGCAAAGUUCUUAUUAGCUCUUUGCAAGAUUGCCUGCAUGGAAUUGAAUCCAAGUCUUAUGGUUCUGGAUCAAGAAGACGUGAACGAUCAAGAGAAAGGGAUCAUAGUAGAUCACGAGAAAAGAGUCGGCGUCAUAAAUCCCGCAGUAGAGAUCGCCAUGAUGAUUAUUACAGAGAGAGAAGCCGAGAACGAGAGAGACACCGGGACCGGGACCGAGACCGGGAUCGAGAGCGUGACCGAGAGCGCGAGUAUCGUCAUCGUUAGAAGUAUAUACCCACAUUUUAUAUCGUCCAACUACUUGUUCUGAAUUUAAUCUUCUGGAAUCAUCUGAGGUAAAUGACAGGUGAGUAAUGACAGGUAAACAUUUUGACCUCUUAUCCUUAAAUAUUGCUUGCUUGAGUUAACAGCUUUUAGGUUUCAGACUGUUAAUGAUCCUAAGAAAGCAAGAAAAUAAUCAAGAGGACUCAUUGUCUACUUCUAAAAUCUAAAAAUUGGAAUUCUCUUAAUCACAUACAUAGUUUGCAUGUGAUUUAAAAUAUAAAGGAUGAAUUAAUUCUUACUAUAAUAUGCUUGGACUUAAAAUAAAUUUAAAGUUUCUCUCCUUGAACUAACUUUAUUUAUUCCUAAAAAUUUUAUAGACAAUCUGACACUUGUUGCUAGUUGGAAGGUGGUUUGUUAGCAUUGAGAAAAACUUUUUUUAAGAAAAGACACUUUUCCUGCCAUCUGGGCUUUGUUUUUAAAAGAAAAGAAACAGUAUUCUUUGAUUUGCAAAGAAGAUAAGAAAGUUACUCAGUUAAAAUGAAUUCAGAUAUUCCAUAUAGAGAAUUUUAAGUUGUAUCAAAUCAUACAUCUCAGGUUAGAAUAACCUUGAAGUAAUUUUAUUUGAUGUUUCAUUCAUAAACCAUAAUCAUUGUGUCUUUUUUUUUCUGUAUUUAAAAACUAUUGUGUACAUUUUUCAUAAAGCGGGAAGAGUUGUCUGUUUAUACUUCAUUUCCACGUGUAAUUUUAUUUUUAUAUUUGUGAACAGCAUUUAUUCAUGUGAAGAGUGGGAGGAGGGCACUAUAAGGCUUGUGCAUGUGACACACAAGUUAUUCUGUAAACAGAAUUCUUUUCUUCAUAGGUUGGUGGCAUAUCCAGAUUAAAUUAGACUAAAACAAAUCCCUUAUAGGUUACUAUUCUUUACAUGAUUAUUUUCCAUAACGAAAAUUGGGAAAUACUGAAAAUUCAGUAAUUAUUAGUGUUUAAAUUGUUAUGAGCAAAACCAAAGACUUGUAUGUAAUUCUGUGACAGAAUAGCUGUUUCUUUAAGUAAAGUAGAUAUAUUUUAACAAAUGAGAUCCUUUUUUAAGUAAUACUACUUAGAAAACAAGCAAUGUAAAUCUUAUUUUUGUGGUUUACAGAUAAGUUAUCAUAUUAUUUACAGUUUUAAGAGCUUUUUGAAGGGAAAAGGCAAAUUUUAAUACUUUUCCUUGGAUUUUGAAUAUGCAUCUUGAAUAUAGAGUAAACUGUAAUUUAAAAAUAGUUCUCCAUGUACUGUAUUAUAAACUUAAUACAAUUUUCAAAACAUUAUUUUAAUAUAAGGCAAAAUUUUUUUUACUUUUAAAACUAAGUUUUUUGGAAUUGAUACUGUUCUUGGAUGUAAGAAUUGAAUAUUGUGUCAUGUAAAAUUAAACAUUAGAUUUUUUAGAUGUAGUCCCCUUCCUCUUCCCGAGUUGAAUGGGCCUAAUCCCAUCUUAAAAAAAAAUUCCCAGUGCUCAUCUGUUGCUUUAAGUGAAUUAUGGCCACUUUAGUGAAAUGCUUAAUGUUCAUCAGCCAUUUCAUUUAAAGUAAGAUACAGGUCCUUCAAGUUAUAUUUUUACUUAGACUUUGUCAGUUACCAACAAGCUUCUAGUUAACUGGGGUCAUGAGAAUGGAACUUGCAUAGCUUUUCAGUCUUCUCCAGGACUGGACAUGCUCAUUGGGGGCAUUCUGAACCAGUUUAUAUCCAAAGUUAAUUAACAGGCUUUCUUACUAGUUUUAGUUAAACUAGCAUAGAUAGAUAGGUAAACUCUUUCUGAAAAGUCCAUUGUUAAUUUUAAAUACCUUGAAUUAACUAACAUUACAUUCCAGUAAUGGGUACACCUAACUAUAUCAUGGUUUGAGUUUCAUUACAUUCAGACAUUAACUAUGAAUUCUUAACUUGCAAACUAAAUAUUGUCGGCAUUUUUUCUUAAUCGCUGAUGUGUACCAUACCAAAAUUCCCAUGUUUUGUUUGUACAUUAUAAUCAGAAUUGAGUUGUAAUAUUGUUAUGUGCCUUCAUCCAAGCAAAAUUUUACAUACGCAUUUCCAGUGCAAAAAAUUUUGUUAACCUGGAAUAUUGUACCUUUGCUAUAUACCAAAAAGUAUUUAUUGCUGAUGUAGACAUGGAAUAAAUGGGGUGGGAGGGGGGAUUGGGAUUAAAUAUAUCCAAGUGAAAAACUUUCUUAAGCAAAUAAAAACUAUUUGCACAUUUAAUCACCAUCAAAAUAAGGUCUAUUGACCUUUUUUAGAAGUUUUAAAAUAUGAGUCCUUUUGAACUUUUAUGUAAACCUUAAAUGGACUAAAUGGAAUAAGAGUAAUUUGGAAGCUGAAGUGAAUGUCACUGUUAAGUCUGUAUACAAAUAAAACAAUAAUGUGACCUAUUAUUAAAGUGAUGAAUGGCUAAAAGGGCAAGUUCUUAAUUUAACUGGAAACUUAAUGAUGUUGGCAAGCUGUUAAUGUCUGUCCCAUCUUAAUUUUUUUGUGUUUGAACUGUUGGUAAUGUUAACUGCAUUCUCUCAUUUUAAAAAUGUAUUAGUUUUUCUAAAAGCAUUUAAUAUCUAAGUUCAAAUAUAUAAUAUUUUAAUGAGAAUAUCAAUAUUGUGAAUUUCAGCAUGUAAAUACAUUGUGCUUUAUAUUCUGUAAUUUCUGCCUCAAUUCUCAGACCACUCUGAGCAAAACAAAAGUAGUUCAGUGUUUUUAAUAUUGUAUGCUUUUUACAGGAAAAAUUUUAUUUUCAUAGUUAUUUUCUUUCAUGUUUCUGUUAUUACUUGUUGGGAACAACGCUGCUUAGCAAAUUUCUGUUAAUGGUUUUGCUUUUGUUUGUAUACUGAAGAUUAAUGAAAGGAUAUUUAAAAAAUACUUUCUAUUCAUGCUUUUCGUCUCCCCGACACAUGACUUGACACAUUCUCAAAUCAUUAUCCAUUCCUUUGAUUAGAUUUUUAAGCAUCAUGUAUGGGGAAUAGGCUAAAUAAUUAUACUUUCCUUUGCUAUAUGGUUUCUCUUCUCCUAUCAUAAAUAUUAUGAUCUUAGAUUUUGUUGUGAUUGUACAAGAUUUAGGGUGUUUUGCAUUCUUUACUCAGUUUUUUAGCUUUGCAUUAAUUUGGGAAAAACAAACCAAAAAAGCCGAAAGAAUCGAAUGUUCUUUUUUAAAGGUUAAGAUGUUUUAUCUCCUUAAGAGUUAGUGUUACUUUGAGUCUUAGGUGGCAAUUAAAUACUUCUAAUUAUCUGAUGAAUGAUACUGGUGAUGAGAUUUAAAAAUUAUUUCUGCAAUUCUUAGGUCAUCUGAGAUCAGACUAAUAUUACCCAUCCCUGUGUUUAUGGUCUCCCUAUAUAUUCUGACUGCUUCUCUGGAUAUGCUACCUCUCACUUUUAAUUUUCCUUGCUUUUAGUAUUAUUAGCAAAACCUGUGUGACUAUACAGGUAUGUUAAUUGCAGUGAAAAUAAGGUAGUAAGUGAUCCCUAGAAUGUAUGUGUAGUGUGUUUUGCUCACUGUGGUUUAAGAAUAUGGUUUUAUUUACAAAUAAUUAAUGUUCCCUGUUUCUUUAAAAAAAAAAAAAAUCAGUACCAAUGUGAGUCACCUUGAUCUCUCACCUUCAUUUCAGUGUAAAAUUUGCUACCAUUGGUUUAGUUUGUGAAUUAGAUUGUUUUGAAUAAAUACUUAAUUAGAAUGAACAGUUAGCAUUGUUUAAGAGAAGCCUAAUAACUAAAAAAGGAGUAAGGGUGUCAUGUAUGCUAUUCAGAUUUACUAAUAUAAUAUGCCUUGGUGGUAGCAUGUUUUAGCUCUCACAGUGAAAUCUAAAUCACAGCUUAUUUUAAAAUGGCCAUUUUCUCAGAUUUUGGAGCAAAGAUGAGUAUUCUUUGUGAAGUUUAUUUCUGCCAUUUAGUGGACUGCCUGGAGCAGCAGUCAUGUUAUAUUUCAUAGUGUAAUAAAAUUCGUUAGUUAAAAUGAGGUAAGUACUGUCUCUAGAAGUGGAAAGAUGAAAGUACAAAAUGUUUUGGUAGUAAGGGAGUUUUUUAUAAAUAUCUACCAUAAACAAGAUUUUGUGUACUAUGUUCUAGUCAAUGCGAGAAGGGAUGUUGAUUUUAAAGAGUUGUAUUUAGUUAUUUCUCUGUCUUCUGCCCACCUCAUCUCCUUUUCUCUUAUCAAGAAAUUUUCAGAUUAAAAGUGAACUUUGUUACACUGAGUUAAUAGAUUAGAAUCCUUCAAAUUCAGUAUAUUAAUGUGAAAACCUGUAAAAGAUCCAUAUCUAAUAUAUAUUUGGAUCUUUUACUUGAAAGAUGAAGUAACUGAUACCAGUAAAUUUUCUUGGAUAAAUUUCUAACAGAAGCAUUUAUUAUUUGAGUUGUUAAUACUGGCUUGAUCUUAAAUUAUCUCGGGAUUCCCUGGUAACUCAGCUGGUAAAGAAUCUGCGUGUAACGCAGGAGACCCCUGUUUGAUUCCUGGGUUGGGAAGGUCCCCUGGAGAAGGGAUAGGCUACCCACACCAUCAUUCUUGGGCUUAUCUCAAAAUGCAGGUGCUUCUCUGUAUUGAAAUUUUAACUUAGUGAUCAGUUUAUAUACUCAUUAAAGAGCCGUAGAUUCCAUCUGUCUCAGUUUUUUUUACAUCUGUUUACAUAGAUCUUCCUUCUAUAACUGAUAGCUAAAGCAAGACAUUGUGUAGUUUUGACGUUAUAGAUUUUACUGCAUGGUAUUCUGAAAAUAUGACCACUGAAUGUAUUUGUUACUUUUAAGCUUCUUUUUUUAUAUCUUUGUUUAUGUAGAUUUCUGCCUAGAAAUUUGAGACUAUAAUAUGGAAUUGGGUUAUUGGAAAUGGGUUGUAUUGCCUUCAAUUUUGCCUUUUUUUGAGAUUGUAAAAUUUGUAUUUCCAAAUGGAUACAUGUAAAGUGUUCAGAAAUAGAAAUAAAAACUGUCCGAUUAUCCCCCAGAUUUUAUGUUUGUAUGGUGAAAAUUAGAGAUUUAUUAGUAGGAAAAGUCUUAUCUUUAAAGCAAACAAUAAAUGUAUUCAUCCUAAAGAUACAUGUUGUAAUUCACAAACAGGAUUCUUUACAUAUAAAGUAAUAGAACUUCUCCAUUCGGAAUGAUAUAAAAUUGCAGAAUAUGCCAUAUGGUUUUUGGAAGGGUUGGGUAUUUUUGUUUUGCUCAUUGUGACUUAAUUUUUCCUUCUUAAUUAACCCUUUCAGUAUGACAGAAUAAUUAGGGAGAUAGCGUUCUCUUACAGUAAGAAUUGUGAAUUUCCUAGUAAUAUAUAUAUAUAUUUUUGGUUAGAAUAUAUGCCUUGUCUCUCUUAAAUGCUUCAAUACCAGUUUGUUAAGUAUAUUGAAAAGUAGUAAAGAUAUGUGAAAGCCAGCCGUCUUCCAGAUUUUUUCCCUGGAAUAAUUCCACCAAAAGCUUUAUCAACAUAAGAUAAAGUACAAUAAAAGUUAGCAUUAAAAAAGGCUUAAGUAUCUAUAUGAAAAAUAAGGGCAAAUAAAAAUAGUUCAAAAGUUUCAGGAUUAUAGUAUCUGCUUUUCUCUUUUGUAGUUGUAAAAUUUAGUUUUUUACUGUUAGCCAAUGUGAAUAUGUGUGUUGAUGCUCUUAAGAUGUUUACACCCUAGUUGAGGAGGAAAGGACAUGAAAGAAAAUUUAUAGUUAGUUGUGACAGAAUACUAAUUAUUCUUAAUUGUAGAGCAAAAAGUAGUUUUCUUAAUUUUAUGGAAGACUGUCACUAAACAUUGUGCCCUUUUGCCUCUUACAUCAUCUUAUUGACAUGCUCUCUUGGAAUUGAUAUUUCAAAUAACUGGUGUUUCAGUGGUCACUAAUACCACGUUAAUUGAAUAUGUUUCCUUUGUGAACCUCUACCUGAAGUUUGCAUUUUUAUGUAUUCCUAAAAUUUUAGUUUAUCUCAUUUAUUGGGUUUUUUUUUUCCUUUUUGUGAGUUUUCAGUGAAAUUUGUAGAUUCCCAUUUAGCUUGUUUUGGCUUAGUUUAUAUACAUUAGAUAUUUUGAUAUAGGUGAAAUAGAGUGACAGUACUGUUAUAAAUUUGUAUAUGUCUAAAGAUUUGUACGUGAAUGUCAUUAUAUUUACAUGUGCAUACUGAGCUUCUAUUUACAAGUUUUGUAACAUGGAGGUCCGUUUAAUUUAUAUUUGCAGAAGUUCCUGUAUACUGUCAAAUACAACUAAUUUGUAAAAUAAUUUAUUGCAUUUAUAUUCAGUUCUCAUUUGUUUAUGAGUUAUAUAGAAUUUAUGUGGAUGAAUGAAAAAUAUUUACAUUAAAAUCAUACAGGCAUUUUCCAUUUUUGUAGUAUGAAUACUUUAGAAAAUGACUUACAAAUGUUUCCAUUUUCACAGAAACAGUAGCUGCUACAUUUUCAUUUGUUUCAGUCAUUAAAUUUAUAAGGCAGUAAUACUUAAGAAGAAGGAAAUCAGAAUGUCUCUUUUACUCAUCAUAUAAAUUGGGAGCAUUCUCCAUCACAAAGGCAGCUACUGUUUCGGUUAAUUCUUAUCUUGUGUUAGAAUACGUAACAGUGAAGUAGAUGCACGACCUGUGUAUGUAUAGUUAAGCCAGCGUUUUUCUGUGUAUUAUGGGGAAUAGCAAAAUCUACAUCAUAAAUUUUGACACAUUACAGCUGAAGGAAGAGGAACACCUUCCAAGACAAAACAGUCUUCUGGAAAAAUGACGCUUGUCCAGCAGUUUGCUUCUUGUGAUUGAACUGAACCUGUAAGGAUUCAUGGAUAAAAUGAACAGGAAUAGAUCUGAAUAAAGCAAAUCUGCAUAAAUGGUAACCAGUAGCUCUACUUUUAUUUUUUAUGUUGCUUAACUGUUUUAUUUGAAGGAAACCUGUGUGAUUUAAAAAGUUAAAGCUUUUGCAACUUUAUUACUGGUUAUAUACAUUUGGCCAUUAUAAUGUGCAAGCAAUUGGAAAAAAAAAAACGUCAAGUACAUGCUUGUUUUAUAGUAGUUUGUUCUUGUUAAAAACAUGUUCAUAUGAUAAUGUCUGUAAACAGCACCACUUUGAUUACAAUAGAUGUAGUGUUGUAAUAAACUGUUUAAUGGGGCUGAUGUGUAAAGCUGUUCAAGUUAUUUGAUGUUUACACCUCAGGGAAAGUCUUGUGUUCAGCAAUAUCUAAAGAUAAUGUUACUAUGACAUUUAUACUGUCGUUAAAAAAAAAAAACAUUGCAAUAGCGUUUUUGGAUAUGCAUCAACCUAAUCUUGCGUUCAGUGAAUUAAACAUACUAAUUAAGUGUCUCUUGCCCUUGAUUUUGAUAUUAGAAUAGGUGAUUACCUGGAUAUUUAAUAUUUCUAUAUUCUGCUUUUCUAGCUGUUUUUACCUAGUUAAGCUUGUGACUUUGCUGAAUGGUAUGUAAACUUGUAAAAAACUGAAAUUUCACGACAUAGCAAUCCAGUCAUUGUGUUAGGGGUCAACAAAGAUUUUGUGAUUUUAAUGUUUUAGUAAAAACCCACAGUAAUUUGCUACAGUCAUGCAGCUUAAUUACAAGACACAUGUAUUGAAACGCUUAAUUGUAAACUGCUAGCAUUGAAGAAAUAUUUUGACAAUUCUGAUUUGAUGCAGCGGUUAUUUGCUAUUUUAUAUUGAUAGUGCUUAUGGUUUAUUUUUGAAGCCAUGGGCGAUGUAAAUAUAGGCAGCCGUGCAGCAGACAAAUGUGAGUAAAGAAAGCCUUAGUUUUAUUUUCCAGUUACAGAAAAUACACUUCUAAAGGGUGUGAGGCUUAUUAACAUUGGGUUGUAUUCUCCUGUAUGUGUAAUGGGAGAUUAUAGGUGUACGUGUCUCCACAGUUUAAGGAGUUCUGUGUAUUCAUGCAGUCUGUUUAAUUCAUGCUAAAAUUACCUAGUUAAUCAAAGGUUUUUUCCAAACCUGCCUUGCAUAUGAGCCCACAUUUAAAGCACCUGGCUAGCAUGUGUUCUUAAUCAGCAUAGGCAGAGUGUCAAUUUAGGAAGGUCAUUCUGAAUCACUGCUUCAAAAAUUUGAGUUAAAACCUUUCAGCUUGUUUUUAAUGUUUUUAAAAUCUAAUUAUCUUUGAGAGAUCUUCUGAUAAUACACAUUUUUAAAGUAUAGCUAAAUUUUAGGACAAUGCUAAUUUAAGCACCCUGGAUAUUAUGUAACGCACAACCUUAGAAGCCCUCCAGAGAACUGCAGUUCUUCACUUCCAUGUUAUCUACUAUCAUACUAGCUCUUGUAGAAUUAGCUGUUCCAAAUAUUGCCAGUUUUAUUUUAAAACAUUUUGUGAUUAGGGUGUUUAUGCAUGGAAUCACUGGUGUUCAUCAGAACUAUUUGCUCUCAGAAAUGGUUUUUUAAGUGUUCUAUCUUGCUGAAAAUGUAGUUGGCUUUUUAACAUUUGAGAGUUGUAUCAAAAUCAGUUUUCUUGCUUUGUGUAUAGGUGUUGUUAGUUUUUAUUAUUUCUUAGCUUUUUUAAUAUUACAUUGCCGUAAUGCGAAGAAGUAUGGACAUAAAUAUUACAAGGAAAUUAGUUAAUAGUUUAAAAGGUAAGUAAAUGUCCAUGAGGAUACAAUUUUCUCUGAAAAGUUUAAAAAUGGAACUGUGCUUGAACUUGAAAUGAAAACUGGAAGUUUUAUACUAAUUAAAUCCUUCGUAUAUGUUUUCAUUUUUUUAAUCAGUGGAACCCUUUAAAUUGCUCAUUCUAUAUCAUUCUCCCCGCUUGGCUGAUCUCAUUACGUACUUUUGUUGCAGACAAUGUGAGUGUACUAUACUUGUUUGCUGUUAGUCUGUUAUUUUUAAAUGUCAUCAAAAGGGAAUAACUUUUUGAUUUGACCAGUUUUUGCAAAGUCUUUAUCUGAUACAUGAAUGUAUAGCAGUAAAGGUGAAAAUGCAAGCUUUGUUUUAUUCUUCAUUCCCUCCCCCCUCGCUUUUUUAAUGGGCUGAUGUUACUGAAAACUUUUUUAAUGUUAAAAACAGUCCAAAGAGAUUAAUCUUUACAUAGACACCAAAAAAAAGUCCCAGAGAUCUUUUUUAUUUCUUUUUGAUAAUAAUUGUAAUGGCUAUGAAAUCAAAACUUGAGUUUAAUUUUAAGCCAUAGCAUUUAUUAGUGCUAUGCCAGUCACAUUCCUUUCAGCUGGUAAAGUUAUGAAUGAGUGAUAUAGCACCUAAAUGGUAUUGCUUCUGAAGCAACCCUUUGAAUUGAAAGUGCUUUUGGUUAAAGGACAUAGGUUUUGGAAAGGAUAUUCCAGGAUAAAUUUGUGAGUGUUUUGUCGAUUUUCAUAAGCAAGAUUCAGAGUAAGUUGCAGUGGCUAAUGAUCAUAAUUUAGCCCAUUUACCUAGAAUAUUCUUAAGCAGUUAACUACAAUUUGGAGUUCACAAAAAACUUAUGGAUUGUAGCUUAAGGUAUUUAUUUUCAGUUCAUUCUCCUAUGGAGAAUAUUACUUUGUUUUCUACUAGUUUAUGGUCCGUUCUUAAAAUAAACAUGGCGGUUUUAAUCAAUGUUGUAUAACAUUUUAUAGUGAAAGAGGAAAAUUGUUGGAAUGGUAAAGACUUUCUUUCCUUUAUGUGUUAAAAUGUGCCAAUAACCUAAAUACAUACUGUUUGAUACAAUGAGAUACUACUGCAAGACUUUCUGUUGCAGUGCUCUCGACAGUUUGGUUUUCAUACCUGAAUGAUCAUUGUGUUUUCUGUAUUUUGUAAGAUGGCCUCACUUUUUUGUUUUAAGCAUUAGCUUGUUUUUUAAGAGGAAGUUUAUGUUCUAAUUCUUUACUCAGAACACAGUAUUGAGAUCCUAGCUCUUUUACAUAUAACUGCCUUUUAAAUUUUAUCCAUUAAGUUCAUUUGCAUCCCAUGGCCAUCUGUAAUGUUUCCUGUAGUUGUAUGUACUUUUAAGUGCACGCUUAUCCAUUGUACACAUUAGACAUUUUCUGUGCUGAAAUAUAUUGAGUGGGAUUUUUGUAGCAAAGCAUUCUAUUUUUCUGUUCUACAGUAUUUGUGGUGUUGUUUUCUACAUUAACCUUCAGUUUAAACACUGGUGUAUAUGUUUUAUUUUUUUAGCAACUUGACUCUUAGAAGCCUUAGACUAAUUUUUUAAUAAACACUAAACCAAAAAUUAUAAAUUUAUUAAGAUGUGGCCUUACAUAUAGCAUUCCUUGUGUUUGUAAUGUGAGAUUUUUGAUUUAGAGAUUUCAAAAGAUUCAGGAUUAAAAUAAUUUAUUGUAAGCUGAAAUAGAAAAUGUGUUUUAAAAUGUCUAGGCUUCUGGGAGGAAGUUCUUAUACUCUUCUUUCUUAGAAUCGGAAAGAAGUAAUAAUGAAGUUUUAUAAAUACUCAAUAGUCAGGCAGUUGUAUUGUGUUUGGAUUGAUUUAGGUUUGUCUUAACCAAUUUCUUUAAAGUUUCAGGUGGUUGGUAUUCACUCUGAAUGUGCAGCUAUUAUGGUUUUUUAUGGGACAUAUAAACAAUUGGUUAGGUUUAUAUAGAUUUUAAUGUUUUAAAGACUUCCUGCUAUAUUAAUUAGCCUCUUGUAAUGGGAGUUUUUAAAAAUAUUAAGUAGAGUUUAAUUGAAGUCACACAAAUCUUGAAACGGUAUCUGCAGACAGUAAAUACUUAAGAGAAUUUUUCAUGUGGGAGUAUCCUAAAACUCCGCCAUAGAUGUAAAUGUUUUACAUCAGUUUCAUAAUUGGACAGACCCUGCAUUUAGUGGAAACAUUUCAUUUUGAAGAUGUGUUCUUUUCGUCUCCUUGUUACUGCAUAGUCCUUCCCAGCAUUUGUAAGUUAAAUUAUUUUAAAAUGGUAAAUUCAUGUUUAUUUUUUUACUUUGAAAAUUGUAGUACUCAGGUGGUAUUUAAUGGGAAAAGAUCCUUUGGGGUAAAUCAUAAUGUGUUCUAAGGAAUGCAUCUAUAACAUUGAUGACUUUAGCCUUAAAAAAAAGGUCUAUUAUUCCUCCUUCUUCUUCAUUCCAUGAUAUAUUAGCAAAGUAGUUUACAGCCUUGUACAGCCUUACAAAGUUGUUUUACAAUUUUUAAUGGAAAGCCCUUAACAAAAAUUGUAUCAUAUUACCAGUAUACGUGAAUUACUGAACCACGGUUUGUAAAUAAUUUUAUCUAAUACCAGAAGGCCAAAGAAAGUCUUAAAAUUUUAGCUAUUGACUCUAUGGUGACUUCACAAUAAAAUUUCUGUGCAAAAGGUAAGGUGAUAUUUGAUCAAAUAAAUACAUCUUUUUGAUGUCCAUGAGAAAUAGACUUCCAUAUUAGCUUCUAUUAAAAAGCUCAUUCCAUUUUAUUAAAAUGAUUGUAAUUGCAAUUUUGUGUUUAAUGUUUACUUUCUGUCUUUUCUUUCUUUAGCAUUUAGGUGACUGUUCAGCAGUUUGCUAUAUGGCCAUUGUUGGCCUUUAAACUGCACUAGUAACGAGCAUGGUAUUUAUCUUGUAUUGAAAAUAAAACACAGUUUUUAUAA